UGGAAGCAACGAGAGACAUGCAAAUCCAAGCAACGAAAGUCCCUCAUUUGGUUAUUUUGCCGCUCCCAUAUCAAGGACACAUAAAUCCCAUGCUUCAACUGGCCACUCUCCUACACUCCAAAGGAUUCUCAAUCACCGUAAUUCACACUCACUUCAACUCUCCCAAUCCAUCGAACUUCCCCAACUUCAACUUCGAACCCAUACCUGAUGGCUUAUCGGACAGUCAGAUCGAGACUGAGGACCCCUUAAACCUUUUGGCCAUCCUCAACGACUCGUGCCAAGCACCAUUCCAAGAUUGCUUGUCCCGAUUGCAAUCAAAUGGCCCACAUGGCCCGGUUACGUGCAUCAUCACUGAUGAUAUUUGUUACUUUACUAAAGCUGUUGCGGACCAGUUGAAGCUCCCGAGAAUUUUGUUAGGCACCAGCAGUGCCACUUGUAUCGAUACCAUGGCGUCUUUGAAACUCUUACGGCAAAAUGGAGUCAUUCCCAUCACAGAAGAUGUUCUCACUUUAUGGGACCUAGACACAAAUGUUCUUGUAGCUGUAAUUGGAGAUACUCUUACAAAAGAUUUUGAGGAAAGGUCAAAUUAUUAUGACACGUUGCUUGCUGCUGAAUCUCGUGCAAACAAUGCAAAGAAAGGGAUCCAUUCUGCGAAGGAUUCCCCCAGUCAUGCAUGUAACGGACCUGCUAACAGUCAGAAAGAUGAACCUUCUUGUUUCCUUGCAUCUGCAAAAAAAGCUAAAGAUUUCUUGCCCUUCAUGCAACAGAGUAAAAGGCUACCCGCUGUUGUGGAUUACGUCUUGCUGAUCCCCAAGGAAACUUGCAGCAUUCCAUUCUCCUUCUCUGGUGUUAGAUGCCCCGGCCGCGAUGAGCCUUUCUCAGAUGAAGCAAUUGCCUUCAUGAGAAGAAAGAUCUUGCAGAGGGAUGUAGAGAUUGAAGUCGAAACAGUUGAUAGAACUGGAACCUUCUUGGGUUCUUUAUGGGAAUCAAAGACCAACAUGGCUGUGGUUCUUCUAGAGUCUGGGCUGGCAAGGCUUCAAACUGCUUUUGGUGCUGACAGGAUUCCUGAUUCUCACCUACUUGCAAAGGCUGAGCAGUCUGCAAAAAACCAGAGAUUGAAGGAAGCUACUAAUGGGUCAUCAGUGGCUGAGACCAAACAGAAGGAAGUGCUUAAGGUGGUGGUUACUGAGGUACUGGACGGUGGCAAGUUUUAUGUCCAAACAGUUGGAGAUCAGAAAGUGGCUGUUAUUCAGCAGCAACUAGCUUCAUUGACCCUCCAAGAUCCUCCUGUCAUUGGCGCUUUUAAUCCUAAGAAGGGGGAUAUUGUCCUUGCUCAGUUCAGUGCAGAUAAUUCUUGGAACAGGGCCAUGGUGAGACUCUCAUUAACUACAAAAAGUGGCUCCUUUUAUGUUCUGGAAAAGUUGGUGGCAAUCACUAGUUGUCAAUUUCAACAUGAAAAGCAUUCCAAUUCAGUCUUUCUUCAUUUGAAUCUCUUACCUGCAGAAAAUGAGAGAUGGGUCUUGAUUACAUUUGCAUUUCAUGGGCUUUUUAGGAGUGAAGAUUCUUACUGGUUGCUUGAAAUGCUUUUCAGUCGUGGGUUCCACUUGAGUAUCAUGCUAUUGACAGCUUACCAUGUUCUAGCUCUUUGCUUUUGGAUAAUAUCCUGUCACACGCAUGAGCAAUUGGGAGCCAACAUUCACAAUGCAAUAAGGUCUGCUUUGGGUUGCAUCAUGAACACAUUCGAUGAUCUUGAACCAACUGCAUUGGAAAAAGUUAGACAAGAUCGUCAUCCCAUGCCACUCUUUGCGGUUGGCCCCCUCUAUAAAUUCUCUCCAGGAUCAUCAAACAGCUUACUAACACAAGACUACAGCUGCAUGGCAUGGCUAGACAAGCAGGCGCCGCAGUCGGUCAUUUACAUCAGCUUCGGGAGCUUAGCUUCCAUAGCUAAAACGGACCUGGUGGAGAUAGCUUGGGGGCUAGCCAAUAGUGACCAGCCCUUCUUGUGGGUGGUCCGGCCUGGCUCUAUCCAUGGCCAUGAUUGCAACGAACUACCGGAAGGGUUUGAAGAGAAGACACAGGAGAGAGGCCGGAUUGUGAAGUGGGCCCCACAACAAGAAGUGCUGGCCCACCCAUCAGUGGGAGGAUUUUGGACACACAAUGGUUGGAAUUCUACGUUGGAGAGCAUAUGUGAAGGGGUGCCCAUGUUAUGCUCUCCUUAUUUAUGGGACCAAAAUUUGCAUGCUAGGUAUGUGAGCCAUGUUUGGAGGGUGGGAAUUCAACUUGAGAAUGGGUUUGAUAGGAGUGAGAUAGAGUUGGCGGUGAGAAAAUUGAUGGUGGAGAAUGGAGGGAAGGAAAUGAGGGAGAGGGUAGGUGCUCUAAAGGAAAAUGCAAUGCGUUGUAUGGUGAAGGGAGGUUCUUCAUAUGAGUCAUUAGAGAGUUUGGUUGAUCUUAUCAUGUCAUUUUGAUGACUCUUUUCUUAUUAUAUUUCAUUUUGUAGGCCAUCUACAAGGAGAUGUAUGUGAUCAAAUAGGGCUUUGUUUCAAUGUAAUUCUAUAUCCCUUUGAUAUUAAAUAGUGCACUGAUUGAGAUAUAGGCCAUAAAUGAACUUUCUGUACAACCAUUUCUUCUCUGUCAAGGUCCACAUGCUAAGUUAUUACCCCCCAAAUCUCCAAAUUUGGAAGUUCGUAGCCAUUAAUCUUGGCACCUUUUUCUGUUGGAUCUUCACUAUUGCUGUCCUGCUCUCCUCAGCCACUUAUUUGUAGGCGACAAGCAAAAGGUUAUGAAUGUCUGAUCGAGGAGAUUAUAUCUGGGACAUGUCAAUCUGUUAUGGGAUUGGAAAAAUCAACGGCGUGUAUUACC